AUGCUAAGCCGAUAUCAUAACUUUCGGUGCUACAAGCAGUUGCGGCUGUACAAGUGGAUCAUCGUGUUGAUGCUGAUAGCCAAUUCGGCGCUGGUGUGCCUGGCUGGAUACCACGAGAAGCGGUUACUGCACGAUCUUCUGGACACAUACAACACGCUGGAGCGGCCAGUGGUCAACGAAUCCGAUCCCCUGCAGUUGAGUUUUGGCUUAACCCUGAUGCAAAUUAUUGACGUGGACGAAAAAAAUCAACUGCUCGUCACAAACAUAUGGCUGAAGCUAGAAUGGAAUGAUAUGAAUUUAAGGUGGAACACAUCGGAAUAUGGUGGUGUGCGAGAUCUACGGAUACCACCGCAUCGAAUUUGGAAACCAGAUGUUUUGAUGUACAACAGUGCUGAUGAAGGCUUUGAUGGCACAUAUCCAACAAAUGUAGUCGUACGUAGUAAUGGUUCUUGUUUGUAUGUGCCACCAGGAAUCUUCAAAUCAACAUGUAAAAUAGAUAUAACGUGGUUUCCAUUUGAUGAUCAAAGAUGUGAAAUGAAGUUUGGUAGUUGGACAUAUGAUGGUUUCCAGCUAGACUUGCAGUUGCAAGACGAAGCUGGCGGGGACGUCAGUAGUUUCGUGACGAACGGGGAAUGGGACCUGCUGGGUGUCCCCGGGAAGCGUAACGAAAUCUACUACAACUGCUGUCCGGAGCCUUACAUAGAUAUCACAUUCGCCAUCAUCAUCCGGCGGCGGACGUUGUACUAUUUUUUUAAUUUGAUCGUUCCGUGCGUGCUGAUAGCGUCGAUGGCACUGCUCGGAUUCACACUACCGCCGGAUUCCGGAGAGAAGUUAUCAUUAGGUGUAACAAUUUUAUUAUCAUUGACUGUAUUUUUAAACAUGGUUGCUGAAACAAUGCCAGCCACGUCGGACGCUGUUCCACUUUUAGGCACAUAUUUUAACUGCAUCAUGUUUAUGGUUGCCUCAUCCGUUGUGUCGACAAUUUUAAUUUUAAAUUAUCACCAUAGAAAUGCGGACACACACGAAAUGUCUGAUUGGGUUAGAAUCAUCUUUUUAUAUUGGCUGCCAUGUAUUUUAAGAAUGAGUCGACCGGGUAGACACUUGUCGAUGGAAUAUCCGCCUACACCGACAUCGGACAGUUCCGAACGGAAAACGCACAUACAGGAUGUCGAACUGAAAGAGCGAUCAUCGAAGUCGUUACUAGCGAACGUAUUAGAUAUAGAUGAUGACUUUCGUCACAACUGUAGACCACUAACCCCCGGAGGUACACUGCCACAUAAUCCAACAUAUUUCAGGACUGUUUAUAGCUCUAGCGAUGAUGGAAGUAUGGGACCGAUCGGAAGCAAUCGAAUGCCAGAUGCAAUUGCGCCACCACACACGUGUUUCACAUCAUCCGCUGAUUACGAACUAGCUUUAAUAUUAAAAGAGAUACGUUUUAUCACCGAUCAGAUACGGAAAGAAGACGAGGACAGCGACGUCGCCAAGGAUUGGAAGUUCGCAGCAAUGGUAGUUGAUAGAUUGUGCCUUAUAAUUUUCACAUUUUUCACAAUAGUGGCAACCAUAGCUGUUCUAUUUUCGGCACCGCACAUCAUCGUUUCGUAG